GCCUAUACCGCACCAAUGAAAGCGCGGGGAGGCGGGGCCAGACAACUCGCGAGUUUAGCGCUCAGUCCCCUUACGCUCCCGGGAGCAAGCGCAAGAACUGAGCGAUGCACUGCGCUUCUGGAGGCCUGCCGCCAUGGGAGUCGACAUCCGCCACAACAAGGACCGAAAGGUCCGGCGCAAGGAGCCCAAGAGCCAGGACAUCUACCUGAGGCUGUUGGUCAAGGCUUCUUCUUCCGUCUCUCUCAGCUGUACAGGUUUCUGGCCCGACGGACAAACUCCACCUUCAACCAGGUGGUGCUGAAGAGGUUGUUCAUGAGUCGCACCAACCGGCCACCUCUUUCCCUCUCCCGGAUGAUCCGGAAGAUGAAGCUUCCUGGCCGGGAAAACAAGACAGCAGUGGUUGUGGGGACAGUCACAGAUGAUGUGCGGGUUCUGGAGGUGCCCAAGCUGAAGGUUUGUGCCCUGCGUGUGACCAGCCGCGCCCGAAGCCGCAUCCUUAAGGCUGGGGGGAAGAUCCUCACCUUUGACCAGCUGGCCCUGGAGUCCCCCAAGGGCCGAGGCACAGUCCUGCUCUCUGGUCCACGCAAGGGCCGAGAGGUGUACCGGCAUUUCGGCAAGGCCCCUGGAACCCCACACAGCCACACCAAACCCUAUGUCCGCUCCAAGGGCCGGAAGUUCGAGCGCGCCAGAGGCAGACGGGCCAGCAGAGGCUACAAGAACUAGUGCUGGACCCUUCUCUGUUAAUAAAAAGAUUUGGAUUCCGACA